UCCCAGAGUCCCAGGCGAACGGAAGCGCUCUGUACGACACACAGCGGAUUAAGUAGGAAAACAGAAGUACCUAAGGAGCGUGAUCGAAGUCGCCUAUAAAUGCUCGGGAAGCGCAGAUUCCGGGAUCCGAAGUAAACAACCAGUAGUUGAGCUCCUGUCAGGACUGUGGCCGGAGUGUUCGCCCCCACUCCCCCACCCCCCACCACUCCAGCCGUUUCGGUGACCGGUCCGUGGAUCUCCCCAGUUGCCAUGGCGAUCCUGUUUGCGGUGGUAGCUCGUGGCACCACCAUCCUAGCCAAGCACGCUUGGUGCGGGGGGAACUUUCUGGAGGUGACGGAGCAGAUUUUAGCCAAGAUCCCCUCCGAGAACAACAAACUGACAUACUCGCAUGGCAGCUAUUUAUUUCACUACAUUUGCCACGACAGAAUUAUCUACCUGUGCAUCACAGAUGAUGACUUUGAGAGGUCAAGAGCGUUCAGCUUCCUGAAUGAGGUGAAAAAGCGCUUCCAGACGACGUACGGGUCGCGGGCGCAGACGGCCUUGCCCUACGCCAUGAACAGCGAGUUCUCCAGCACACUCGCUGCACAAAUGAAACACCACUCGGAUCCGCGGGGGUCGGACCGCAUCACAGAGACCCAGAUGCAGGUGGACGACCUGAAGGGCAUUAUGGUCCGCAACAUCGACCUUGUGGCACAGAGGGGAGAGAAGCUGGAGCUGCUAAUUGACAAAACUGAGAACUUGGUGGACUCCUCUGUUACCUUCAAAACCACCAGCCGUAAUCUGGCAAGGGCCAUAUGCAUGAAGAACCUGAAAAUAACGCUCAUUAUUGUGCUGGUGUCUGUGGUCAUCCUGUACAUCAUCGUCUCUGCUGCAUGCGGGGGUCUCAGCUGGCCCAGCUGCGUGAAGAAGUAAAACCGAGGGACAGGAGCCGACCCCUGACCCUUUCCUCUCCCCACCUGUAAAAGCCUAGGGGACUGAGCCACUCUCUUACAGCCAAACACCACUUGAACUGCACCCCACUACCCCCACCUCAUGCGGCUCAUCACCUGUCUGUCCAUCUGCCCGCCCCUCACGGAGCAGAUAAAGAGCUGGGAAACACGCCAGUAAAUGCCCUCUCUUCAGACGUCAUUGACGGCCAGCUGCACAACUCCCAUGUAAUCGCACUUAUCCUCGGAAUGAUUGAUUCAGUUUAGUGUCAAACUAAUUUGUAUGCGCGAGAUUCCAUGUUUCGUUAACCACUCGAUAGACUUCUGAGCAAAAGUAUGAUUUUGGUCAACAAACUGUAUAGUGAUGAAGUAACUAAAAUGUACCUGCUUUCACAAGAAGAGUCUUGCACUGCUGCCUUGACUACGCAUGUGUUUCUACUUAAAGACUGAAAACUUGUGUGAUCAUCAUAGAAACCUCUCUCUCCCAACUUAGCUCCUGUCCAGAAUACCAAGUUUGGGGCAGUCAUCGGGCUGUGAUGUUGAGAUUUGCACCUGGAUGGAUUGAGAUACAGUUGAGCCUUCCGUGUUAUUGCGGUUUAAAUGGACCUCUUGCUCCUCUUGUUUGGAAAUAAUUGCUUUUCAUGGGACACAAGUGGAGAACGCCAUUUUGCUAGUUCUGACCUAAAGCCUGAGCUUUAACCUCUUGGAAGGACUGAUAUUGAGUCUAUAAAAAUGGUCUCUGUAAUAUAUUUGAAGUGUGGGCAUACUCAGUAUACCAGGUGGUUAAGUCAGAGGUGGAUUCUUUGUGAAUACUUGUGUAACAAGUUAAUCUGGUGACGUUCCGGGUGCCAUUAAGUACUAGAUCUAAAGUCACCUUUCAUCCAAAUCAUUACAAGUAAUCUUGUUGUAGUAAGUCCAGUGACUUUUUUAAUAUAUAUAUAUAUAUCUAUAGGAGGACUCGCAUCUUUUUUCUGCUUAUCUAAUGAUCCAUGGGGGAGCGACUGGAUGAUCUUCAUGCUAAAUACAUCACAACGAUAUCUGAAGAUACCAUUGAUUGAUUCUGCAGUGUGCCAAUUGUUUGGCUUCUGAGUUCAGCUAUUAAGAACUGAGGAAUUGAUGAAACAGUUGUUGACAUACCUUGACUUUUAAUGACAGGGGGCUCUUGAGUGGGGGGCCUUGGGGGUCACCGAGACUUGAUGGAGCAGUAGUAGAUGAUUAAAAUUGAUUUCCCCUCAUGAUUGGCUAGAAGGUUUGAGUUUGAAUGAUAGGCAGGGGUGUGUUGUGUCUUCCCCAAUGGCGUAUGUCUAAUGGAAGUAUCACCAGGUCCUAAACUUGCCUUCUGGAAUUGUCUGUAAUGUCCAUGCAUACAUUAGGGCCAGAUGGACCAGGGCAUUUCUGGGAGGGUGCCAACAGAGGACCCGUCUGCCCUAAAGCCUUCAUGUUCAGCUGAGGAAUCUACCAGGCUGGAGCUGUUUCCUGAUAAUUUUUUUUAGCCCGAAGAGGUGCCUGUGAUGAUGGAGAGUAGAUAAGGGUUAUGCUUCCUCCAGGGCAUUUAGCACUGGACAGGAUUUUGGCGGCGAGCUGUCGGAGCCAUCAAGUAUCCAUCUAGUGACAAGGCGGGUUGAAGGGUACUUUCAUGGGUCGUUGUCAGGUAUUUAUGUAUGUACAAUGUAGUUUUAACCUCAUGUGAUUCUCCUGCCAUAAUUCUGUACGAUAUGUUGUACGUGUUUUAUUUUACUACUUUCUUUUUCCACAUUUGAACAAAUAAAGCAGACUAUGCUA